AUGUGUAAUAAAAAAGAAGUUAGCAUUAUUUCAACAUCUCCAUCAGAACAGUUUGAUUCUAAAUUAGCUACUAAACAUACUGGAUGGCUUUUUCAAAGUUUAGGCUUAUGGACAAUAAUUACAGAAUAUUUUACAUUUAGAGAAAAAUUUCUAUCAAUGUUUGCUCAUGUAAUGUGCGAGUUUCUUAUGCUCAUUGUUAUCGUCCCAUCUUUUUAUUAUCUAUUCUGGACUGAUGAAGAGCUGAAAAUAAAACUAGCUGUUUUUGGUCCUAUUGGAGUGACUAUCACUUGUGCUUUGAAGUACUAUUCAGUUAUUUAUAACAGAAAAAAUAUAAGAUACUGUUUAAAACAAAUCAAAAGAGACUGGGAAAAAAUAGAAAAUAUUAAAGAUCGAGCUAUCAUGAUACAAAAUGUGAAUAAAGGAAACAAUGUUACAAUUAUUUUUGCUGUUUUUAUGUUUACUGGUGGAAUAUCUCAUCAAGCAGCAGCACCUUUUUUACCAGGAAGCCUUUUAUCAAUUUUAAAAAACUCGUCGGAACGUCCAUUAGUAUUUCCAGUGACAAUUAUCAGUUCUAUGUUCAAUACUCAACGAACUCCAAUUUAUGAAAUUAUUUAUUUUCUGCAUAUUUUAAUGGGCGCAGUUGUUUGUACAAUGAGUGUUGGUACAUGUAAUCUUGGUGCUAUUUUAGUAACUCAUGUUUGUGGUCAAAUUCAGAUAAUUAUUUCAAGAUUAGAAAAGUUCGUUGAUCGUAGAAGUCUUCAAAAUAGUAGUUUACAUAAAAAAAAAAUUGCUAAAAUUGUCGAUUUACAUAAUAAUGUAAUCAAAUUUUCUUCAAAAAUUCAAAAUAUAAUGGGCGAAAUAUGUCUCAUUGAAAUAGUAGGAGCUACUGUAAUUAUUUGUGUAGAUGAAUACUACUGUUUGAUGUUUUCUCGAGUUGGUGAGUCAAUUUACAUGAGCAACUGGGAAUAUUUGAAGCCAAGUAAUGCCCGUGAUUUUAUUUUUAUGAUCAUUAUGGCACAAAAUCCAAUUAAACUGACGGCAAAUGGACUUAUGGAGUUAUCAUGCAAUGGCUUUUCAAAAAAUAUGGAAAAAAUUUUUCAACAAAUAAGUUUAGUUGAAUUGAUUGCAGUAACUCUAGUUGUUUGUGCCUCUGAACAUUCUUAUCUAAAAUUUUGGGAACGUCGAGAGAUGGUGAAUCUUAUUACUUAUCUAGUGACAAUUAUCGGAUUAAGUUCAAACUUUUUAAUUUUCUGUUGGAUUAGUGAAAUUCUUAAAGAGCAGCUUUUCAGAGUUGGACUUUUGUCUUAUGAAAGCAGCUGGUAUGAGUUACCAUGUAAAACUAGUAGUACUUUUAUACUAAUCAUUGCUAUGGCUCAAAGACCUCAAGUGCUAACCGCUGGUGGAUUGAUAGAACUAUCUUUUGUUACUUUUGUGAAUUACAAAAUAAACUUAAUUAAAUAA